UCAAUAAUUUGGCCGAAUACAAAACCUUCUUAUCUGUAAUUGGAUUCUGUGUUGUGUCCAUUUGUUUGCUUAGCUCUGUUUCGUUCAUUGUAGUCUUUAUUUUGACAGAGUUUCUCUUCUAUAUUUAAUCGCCAGGAUUAGAAUCGUCAUUUUGUGUUGAGAUUAUCAUUUGUUAGCUUGGUUUUUCUCUGCGUCUUAUGAGAGGAAUCAAAACGAUUUUAAUACCAAGAGAGCUUCAAGUUGUGCCAGUUUUAGGACCGAAUCGGUCGUUGUCUUGUAUAUGGGAACGAAAAUCGAACUGGGUUUGGAUUGGAAUUUGAUUCUGUGAAUUCAAGACAAUUUGGCUUGUGAAAAGAUCAGAGGCGAUGGAGUCUGCAUCGAAAUCAAGCGGUGCGACGUCGACGUUGAUUUGGACAUCCGGCGCGAGCGGUCGUGUAAAUGCCCUGUUCUCGCUCCGCAUGUGGAGGAGCUUGUUGGUGUUGAUAAAUGCUGUCGUUUUGUUCCUUCUGCUGCCGUUUCGGUGCUGGAAGCGGGCGGUUGUCGUCAACUCUUGUUCCCCGUCUUCUUCCUCCGGGGAGAAAAUGAAGGAUGAGAGGUCGGAGAGGAAAGGACCGGUGGUGAGGGUCCCGGCAGCUAUUGUGUCAAGGAGGAGCAGCAGUUCUGGUGGGAUUUCAAUGGCAGCGACCGACCAGGCCGUGGCGGCGAGGAGGGCCCUGGCGAUUCGGAGGGUAAUGCAGGACGAUGAUUGUAAUUCGAGUCGGGAUUUUUCGCUUUUUGUCACUGCACGGGGGGACACCAUUUUUACACAGUCGUGGACUCCUGUUUCUGUCAAAAUAAGGGGACUGGUGGUUCUUUUGCACGGGCUCAAUGAACACAGUGGCAGAUACAGUGAUUUUGCAAAGGAGCUGAAUGCCAAUGGAUUUAAAGUUUAUGGGAUGGACUGGAUUGGACAUGGUGGAUCGGAUGGGCUGCAUUCUUAUGUUCAUUCUCUUGACUAUGCUGUAUCAGACAUGAAAUCAUUUCUUGAAAAGGUUGUAGCUGAUAAUCCAGGACUUCCAUGUUUUUGUUUCGGACAUUCAACUGGCGGAGCUAUAAUCCUGAAGGCAGUAUUAGAUCCAAAGGUUGAAGCUCGCGUCGCAAGUGUGGUUCUAACUUCACCUGCAGUUGGAGUCCAGCCAUCCCACCCAAUUUUUACUGUGCUAGCACCAAUUUUCUCAUUUUUGUUGCCGAGAUACCAGAUCGGGGCUGCAAAUAAGAAAGGAAUGCCAGUUUCUCGGGACCCUGAGGCUCUAGUGGCCAAGUAUUCAGAUCCACUAGUAUACACUGGCUCCAUCAGAGUUAGGACCGGCUAUGAAAUUCUCCGCAUCUCAUCCUUCCUGCAGCAGAAUCUGCAGAGAAUGCGGGUUCCUUUUCUAGUCCUCCAUGGCACUGCUGACACUGUGACUGACCCAGAAGCUUCUCAAAAACUGUAUGAAGAAGCCUCCUCAACUGACAAAACAAUCAAGUUACUUGACGGGUUUUUACAUGAUAUCCUCUUUGAACCAGAGCGAGAAGAGAUCAUGCGAGACAUAAUUGAAUGGUUUAGGUGUAGACUAUAGUGCUAGGUAGCUAUGGGGAGAUACUGCAACUUCUCUAGAUAUAUUAGAAGUUCUAAUGUUCUAUACUCAGGAAAUGGGAAAAAAAAUUGAGAAGGAACAGGGGGGUUCAAAUUGGAUCAGCAUUUCUAAUGAAAUGCUUAAAAAGGUCUCCAUUGAAGUAGAUAAUCUAAUCCUGUAUUAAUAAAUUUCCGAUAUUUAUGAUGACUGAACUUGGGGAUGUUGAUUCUUCA